ACAGAUUUUAAAGAAAUCCCUGUGCAAGACUCUGCAGAAUAAGGAUGGCUUUCCGCUGUCCUCUUCUGUGGAUUAUUGUGCAUGGACUCCUAUUUUCUUGUAUUUAUUCAUUAUCAGAAGAGACCAAAGAAGAAAGUCCAGGCAACGUCCCAGUGACUAUGGGAGAAGUUGUGACCAAAAAUGAAACUGAAGAAAUGGGAAUAUUCUGGAAAGCACUGGAUUUACCCAGUAUAAGGACCAAACGAGAAGUCCACACUGUCAGUACCGACACUCUGAGAUACCUUAUCCCAGUAGUUGUUCUGGCGGUACUGGCAGUCUUGGGAAUCAUUGGAUGGAUUCUGUUCUACCUCGAGAGGAGAAAGAUGAUACUGAAAUUACAGGCUUUUGAUGAAGAGAAUCCUCCAGAAGAGAAACCAAUAGAGCCAAAGAGGAAAAAGCUUAAAAAAGUUGCUAAACGCAAGCAAAAGGCUGCUGAGCGAGAUAUUGAAGCUCAGCUUGAGGAAGAAGAAGAGGAGGAAGAAAUAGGCGAUGAGCCUAUAGAACCUCCGAAGAAAUUAAAGAAGAAAAAGCCUAAAAAAGUUGCUAAACGGAAACAAAAGGCUGCUGAGCGAGACAUUGAAGCUCAGCUUGAGGAAGAAGAAGAGGAGGAAGAAAUAGGUGAUGAGCCUAUAGAACCUCCAAAGAAAUUAAAGAAGAAAAAGCCUAAAAAAGUUGCUAAACGCAAACAAAAGGCUUCUGAGCGCGAUGUAGAAGCGCAACUUGAGGAAGAAGAAGAAGAGGAGGAAGAAAUAAGCGAUGAGCCUAUAGAACCUCCAAAGAAAUUAAAGAAGAAAAAGCCUAAAAAACAGUGAGUUAACUGGGAUUUACCUUUUUUCUAGAAUGGAAAUAAAAUGAAAUGAAAUAUGUCCAACUGAGCCGAGUA